ACAUUUAUUAUGGUUGGAUGAGGUGAGAUAAAAGAGGGAUGGAGAAAAUGCCAAGAAAGUGACCGCUGAUGCGAGGUUUUCUAUAGGUUUCUGAGGAAGCGGUUUGUUGGAUGGAUGAUAAGGGAGUGAGGGUCUUGGAUGAAGUUUGGGUUCUUGGAAUGGAAUUUAGAGGGAUAUGAAAGAUGGGAUGGGGUACUAAACACUUGGGGAAUCCUCACCCUUCAUAUAUGAAGUCUCGAUUCCUAAACAUACUUACCAGUAGCGGAGCUUCUUCAUACUCAACCUAACAUUGAUCACACCCACCCAGCACCAUGAGUGCCCCCGUCUUCAACUCCUCCAUCCCCAAUGGCGGUGACCCCGAGCUCGUAGACGUCAACGCCCAAUAUUCCGGUUUCGAAUUCCACUACACAUAUAUAGUUUUCUGCGGCUUCAUCGUCUGGCUUAUCAUUCCCGGUAUCGGACUCCUCUACAGUGGACUCGCACGGAGAAAAUCCGCUCUUACCUUGUUAUUUCAAUCGCUUCUCGUGGCGGCAGUGACGACCUUUCAAUGGAUGUUCUGGGGAUACUCACUUGCGUAUUCGCGUACGGCUGGACCUUUCAUUGGCAAUAUGGCGAACUUCGGACUCAAGAAUGUGAUGGCUGCUCCGUCACCAGGUAGUGCUGUGAUUCCGGAAAUUGUGUUUUGUUUGUAUCAAUUGCUUUUCUGUGCCUGUACAGUGCAGAUUGUGGUUGGUGGUGCUUUCGAGAGAGGAAGAAUUAUACCGAGUUUGGUAUUCGGUUUUUGGUGGGCAACAGUUGUUUAUUGUCCUAUUGCUUGUUGGACAUGGAAUUCUAAUGGUUGGCUGUAUAAUCUCCCUUCAUUGGAUUUUGCUGGUGGCGGGCCAGUUCACAUUGCAUCUGGGUGGUCUGCAUUGGCAUAUGCCCUUGUACUGGGAAAGCGCAAGCACACCGGCGAAAAGUCCCAUGGAAGGCCACAUAAUACUACCCUCGUAUUCCUAGGUACUGUCCUAAUUUGGUUUGGAUGGUUUGGGUUCAAUGGAGGCAGUGCUCUAAAUGCUUCCGUCAGAGCGAUGCUUGCUGGAUUCAAUACCAAUACUGCUGCAUGCACCGGGAUGCUUGGAUGGGUGCUUGUCGAUUAUGUCAAACAUGGUGGCCGAUUUAGUCUCGUGGGAGCUUGUGAAGGUGCCAUUGCCGGACUUGUGGGGAUCACUCCUGCUGCGGGAUAUGUUUCCGUGUGGCUGGCCGCAGUUAUUGGUUUCAUAACCGCAGUGGUUUGCGCGCUAUUGCAGAAUGUAAAUGAAUGGCUCCAUAUUGAUGAAGGAAUGGACGUCUUUAAGCUUCAUGGUAUAGGUGGAAUGGUGGGAAGCUUUUUGACAGGAAUAUUUGCAACAUCCUCUAUCAGUAUGCUCGACGGAGUGACUUCAGCUCCCGGUGGGAUCGAUGGUAAUGGGAUUCAAGUGGGUAAACAGUUCGCAGAAAUCACAGCGAUAUCAGCGUAUUCAUUCCUCGUAUCUUGCGCUCUUCUCUAUAUCCUGAAAUUCAUCCCGGGAAUGCACUUGCGGGUCACAGAGGAGGCCGAGAUUCAAGGCUUGGAUAUGGAUCAAUUCUUCGAUGAGCAGAUCGGUGACUGGGCAAUAUUUGAGGAAUUGGAUCAACGGAAAAUGAUAUUGGAGGCAAGCUCGCCUGGAACCCCACAAGUCCAAGAAGUACAAGGCGGCCAGACAGAGCAAACUAAGAAGGUAUAG